CCUCAACGGAACGACAGUGCGACAGGCAAAGAUGAUGUGUGGCAGUGGUGGUGGUGUUUGUGUUUCGACGGCAGCGACACUGGUGCUGCUUGUUGUUGGCGCCUUGAUCGCCGUCAACACACUAGCGGCGGUAUCUGCCGCUGCUGGCGGUGUUCCGCUCAAAAGGCCUCCCUCCUCCUCCUCCUCCUCCAUCAUCAUUGUGGGGGAUGUGCGCGUGCAGGCGCUCGCAGAGAACCUGGUGCGUGUGGAGCCGAGGGGUCCGCAAGGGUUCGAAGACCGCACCACAUUCGCCGUGGUUGACAGAACGGCGUUUGACCCAGGCGUCCCCAUCCACAAGGUCAACGCGUCCGGCAAUGUCACCUUCCUUGCCACGUCCGCGUAUCUGUUGCGGCUGGAGCAGCACCCUGUGCCGCCGCCCAGCCCGCCGCCGCCCAUGUGCGAGAACCCGCGCCAAGGUUACGACAUCACAAACGGCGCUCGCGUGCCCGAGUACCCCGGUGGCAUCGACAACACCACCAUGACCCAGUGCUGCAGCAAGUGCCAGGCACUCAAGGACUGCACCGCCUGGAUCUGGGACACCGCAGAUACGCACACGUGCUGGCUCAUGGCCACCAUCUCCGGGCCCAUCCACCCGGCGCAGAACCGCAUCUUUGGCGGGUACAUACCACCACCACCGCAGGCCGGCGUCGCCGUCACCGUGUACACCGCAGACGGCGCGUCCGUGCUGUGGAGCAGCGCAGAUGUUGGCAACGUGAGUGCCAACCUCGCCUGGCCCUCACCCAUGAGCGCAGAUGCCUUUGCUUUCCAAGACCGGCCGCGCUUCUACGUGCCACCAUGGGGCCCCACGCCCCACAGCGGCAGCAACUUUGGUGUUGGCGGUCAUCGACCUGAUGGCCAUGGACAAAGCCUGUCCAAGAACGACACCAACGGCUAUGAUUUCCGCAACAACGUUGUUGGAGAUACAUACAUCUUCCUGAUGCCUCGGCAGCAAGCACACAGCAGCACCAGCAGCACCAGCAGCAACACGCUACCAGCAGGUAUGGAUGCAUGGCAUGCCGGGCGCCGCACACUGCUGGCGCUGACGGGCCCAACGCCGCUGCUGCCAGACUUUGCGUUUGGCACGUGGUUCACGUACUGGCACGCGUACACGCAGUCGGAGGCGGAAGGGGAGGUGGCGCGCUGGAUCGAAGACAAGCUGCCAUUGGACGUGUGGGGCUUGGACAUGAACUGGCGAAACACAACCGACAACCAGGACCACUACUACAACCACCCCAACACCACGCUCUUCCCAAACUUCACGGCGUGGUUCGACUUCCUGCACGCCCGCAACGUGCGCACCUAUUUCAACGACCACCCUUACCCGCAGGGCCCGCAGACCAGCGCCAAGGAGGUGGCGUUCAGGUGGCACGGGCUUACAGAGUGGAUGGCACGCGGCCUCACGUAUUGGUGGUUUGACUCCAACUGGGGGUUCUCCAUCCCGCCGCCACACGUCAACGCCACCACCACGGGCGCAGAGUGGCAGGGCUUGGACAACCGUGCGUGGGGUGCGCACGUGUACUACUCCAUAGUCAAGACGUACAACGCCAAGCACAGGCCGGCGUCGUUCCCGCGGCCCAUCACGCUCAACAAGUUUGCAGGCGGCGACCAGCGGCCAGGCAUGACGCAACACGAGCACGUGGCGCACCACCGCUACCCCGUGUGGUGGACGGGCGACGGCGUUUGCCUGCAGGCAAGCAUCGAGAGCAUGGUGGACACGGGCGUGUAUGAUCUCAAGCCGUACGUGCACUCGGACUGCGGCGGCGACUACAGGGGGUCAGCAGGUGACCUCAUGCGCUGGAUUGCACACUGCUCGCUCGGCACCGUGCUGCGGUUGCACGGGGCAGAGCACCAGCCGUGGUCGUACGACAACCACACCGAAGACACCAUCCGCAACUACCUCGACCUGCGCUACCGGCUCAUCCCCACGUUCAUCUCCGCGGGCGUGACGGCGACGGCCACAGGGUUCCCGCUGGUGGUGCGCGGCGAUGUCUUCUGGCCCGAGCACGCACCGGACGCGGCGUCCAACCACCAGUACAUCCAUCUCAACGAAACGCUCGUUGCGCCCAUCUUCGACACGUCAGCUAACAUGACGCAACGCGCGGUGUGGGUGCCGCCGGGGGCGUGGCAGGAUGCGUGGACGGGCAAGGUGGUGACUGGCCCAGCGUGGAUGAACGUCACCAUGCCAUAUGAGCAGCUGCCAAUGUGGCACCGCAAAGGCGGCAUGUUGGUGACGGCCACCCACCCGGGCACACGCGCAGCGCUGCAGGAUUGGUCAUCGCUCACACUCGAGGCAUUCCCAAUGUUUGGCGAUGGUGGUGUUGAUUGUGGUGGCAAUGGUGUUGAGAAGGUGGUGUAUGCGCAAGAGAGGUACAGCAGCAACCGUGAUGAUGGUGGUGGUGGUGGUGGUGGUGGUGGUGGCGAUGCCUGCGUGCGUGUGCGCAUGACAACGAGUGCAAUGAACGCAACACAUCGCGAUGACGGUGACAACUCGUGGCGCGUGCGUGUGUUCAUUGCACCCGACCACAGAUGCGGUGGUGCUGUCACGAGCGAGUGGGUGGUUCGUCUGCAUCUUGAUGCUGGUAUGACGGCGACAAGUGCUGUCAUCAGCCGUAAUGGGGGUGAUGUAGGUGACGAUGGUGAUGAUGUCAACGGUGCAACCCUGCCAAUCUCUCUUCUCUUGCCAGGCAAACCAGGCGACGAUGCUAGCCGUCAUCACUUUCCUCUGCGUGGCCGCGGCUCUGCGCCCGCACCACACGCCGGCCCCAUUGCUGAAGUGGUGGUGGUGACCACCGCCACUGCCACCACGACUCUUGAUGUAGUCGUCACACGCACGUGAUGUGCUCGGGUGUGCCUUUCCCCUCCUGUGUGUUGGACUUUCUUCCUUUCGUCCUUUCUUCCUGCCUGCGUUACCCCACUCGCUGUGUUCGUGUGUGUGUGUGUGUGUGUGUGUGUGUGUGUGUGUGUGUGU